GAAGGAACGUGUUUUCGCGUGGCCGGCGUUUUUCUCUCCUGUCCUAGCCAUCUGUUGUUCCGCUCAAACAGAGAAGGAGCUGUCCCCGGAUUCGUUUCGGAGCACACCUGAUCGGACCCGACGCAGUCUUCGCAGACGGAAGCGUUGUUUUGGUCGAGAACGUGGCGUUUCCCCGUCCUGUGCUUCUGGUCCUCCGAGCGCUACAUAUAUAGACAAUGCCUCCCAAGAAGAAGGACGACGGACCCGAGCGCCCAGUUUUGCUUGGACGGGUCGGUACCAAUCUCAAGUGCGGAAUCGUCGGUCUGCCGAAUGUUGGUAAAUCGACGUUCUUCAACGUACUCUGUAGUCAGUCGAUUCCGGCGGAGAAUUUCCCUUUCUGCACGAUAGACCCGAACGAAUCGCGGGUCGCGGUGCCUGACCCGCGGUUCGACUACCUGGUCGACAGCUUCAAGCCAGCCUCAAAAGUUCCGGCCUAUCUCAACGUCGUCGACAUCGCGGGGCUUGUCAAGGGAGCGGCCGAGGGUCAAGGUCUCGGUAACGCAUUCUUGUCACACAUUAAAGCCUGCGAUGCACUCCUGCAUCUGUGUCGUACGUUCGAAGAUGAGGACGUGACCCAUGUUGAGGGAGACGUCAAUCCUGUGCGCGAUAUCGAGAUCAUCAACGAGGAGCUUCGGAGGAAAGAUCUCGAGUACCUGAACAGCAACAUCGAGAAAAUGGAGCGGACCGUUGUUCGCGGAAACGACAAGAAAAUGAUGCCGGAGUACCAUUGUCUUGUCAAAGUGAGAGAAAUACUCGAUACUGAGAAGAAACACAUCCGGUUCGCUGACUGGAAAAGCGAUGAAAUCGAGGUUCUGAACAAGCAUCUCUUCAUCACAGCCAAACCCAUGAUUUACUUGGUCAACCUUUCUGAGAACGAUUACAUUCGGAAAAAAAAUAAAUGGCUGCCCAAAAUCAAGGAGUAUGUCGACAAGACCGACCCGGGUGCCACGAUCAUCCCUUUUUCGGGAGCGUUCGAGCACAAAAUCCUCGACAUGUCCCCUGAAGAACGCGCGGCGUUCAUCAAGGAGAAGGGAGUAGGUUCGGCCCUGGAUAAAAUCAUCCUCACAGGAUACAAAGCUCUCCAGCUAAUGUAUUUCUUCACGGCUGGAAAGGACGAGGUCAAAGCUUGGACGAUCCAGAAGAAUACGAAAGCUCCACAAGCGGCGGGCAGAAUCCACACGGAUUUCGAGAAAGGUUUCAUAAUGGCGGAAGUCAUGAAAUUCGAAGAUUACAAGGAAGAGGGUAGUGAAAACGCAUGUAAAGCAGCUGGAAAGUAUCGCCAACAAGGCAAGACGUAUAUCGUCGAGGACGGCGACAUAAUUGUUUUCAAAUUCAACGCCGGAGCUGGCCUACAAUCGAAAAAGAAGUAAUUUUCAGUGAUUUCACAAUCAAUAAAAGGUUACCUCGAACCCGCAAAA